GGUCAAAUUGAACUGUGCCAUCUUUUGGCUUCAAAACUGAAAUUUCACUUCAAAUAACAUUAUUUUGAUGUUGGAGUGAUUCACAAGAUUGGCUGAUUGUUAACAGUUGUAUUUUUUAGAUUAAUUAAAUUGUUCAUCACUUUUUUCUGGUCCUACUUUCUCUUUGCCUUUUAUCAUUCAUCUCCUUGUUUUAUCACCUUCAUCUUCUUAGUCUAACCCUUCUGCCUCUUUUUCAUCCUUUAGAUUUUCUCCUCCUCUCCUUAAGCAGUUACAGUGUACUCUUCCUUUUACCUUUUCUUUGCCAUUUUUCUUGGCUUGUCUCUACCUUAUUUUUAAUGACAAAACAAAGUCUUUUACAUCUUAACAGUUGAAAAUUUGUGAUUUGAAUACUUGUCCAUCGUCAUUUUCUUAUCACCAUCAAUAUCAACCAAAACAAAACAUAACAUCAACAUCUACAUCUCUAUUGAUACAACUGCUGCUACACCUCUGCUUGCUUGUAUCCAUCAUCAGACUACUGCAACCAAUCAAUCGCAAUUUUAUCUAAUUUCAACCAUUAAUUCAUCUAAAGCAUUUCUCGUAACAAUUUCCAUGUCUCAUUUGCAUAACUGUUUUAUUCCAUUAUGUUUUUGCCUUCAUCACAUCCUCUUACCGAUGAAAAAGUGAAACAAAAGAUAGCACAUCUAAUCGAGACACCAAAUGGAGAAGGUCAAUGACAGUCGUGAUUUAGAACAAGUAGGUGCUCGUUUGAUUGAAAAUGGACACUAUGCUCAAGAUAAGAUUGCCUCCAUGACUGCUCAGCUUAGCAGGUCAGCGCAAGAUUUUACUACCAGUUGGGAAGAAAGAACCACUAUACUCAAUUUAACUGCAACUUUUUAUCAACAUGCUGAACAUUAUGUCCGAAAUGCCGAAACUUGGUCUCGUCAAUGUGAGAGUCAUUGUUUUAUACCAAAUGAACUUAGGGAAUUGGAAGAAAAAGUGCAUCAAUCUAAAAAGCUGCUCGAUGCAAUUAAUCGAGCAUAUAAUGAUGUGGUCACCAGUAGUAACAAACUAUGUUUACAGCUGAAUCAUUUCAUCAGUUUUUGCUACCAAUGUAAAUUUAACCCUUCAUCCACGGAUAAUAAUUUUGUUUCAUCUUCAUCUUCGUCUUCAUCUACAUCAACUCCAUCCCCGCCCUCAUCAUCCAAUAGGCUUAGAAAUCCAAAAGCUGAUUACAAUGAAGCAACCAAACAUGUUUUAGCUUUAACACAUAGAAUUACAUCGCAUUAUCGUCGAAUUGAAUCUUUAUUGGAAUCCAAGCGUCAAAGGUUACAUUUACAUUUUUCAUUAGCUUUAUUCAAUGAUGAUGUACGUCAAGUAAUGGAUUGGAUUAGUACAUGUGGCGAGAGCAUGUUAACGAAAAAUUUUGGAAUCGGGAAAAACUUGGAGACAGCUCAAGAAUUACAAAAGAAUCAUCAACAAUUAGAAAAUUAUGCUCAAAAUACUUAUAAUAAUGUGGAAAAGCUGAGAAGAGCAGCCGUUGAGUUUGCUCGCACCGGUGAAUGUGAUCGUGAUAAAAUCUACCAGAUUCGUGAAGAAAUGGUUCAACACUCUGAGCGAUUUAAACAACGAAUCGAGAGAAGACGAAAACAUCUAGAAUUAGGAAUACGAUUUUUUGAAAAGGAAAAAGAUCUCAACCUUUAUUUUGAAGAACUUCAAAAUUAUUACCGAGCAAUUGAUAAACCAAUCGAAGCUCCUAAAACUAUAGAAGCCUGUGAAAGUGCUUUAGAUCAAAUUCUGGAACAACGAGACAUUGUUGUUGCUACAGUUUUACCCGCUAUUAAUGAAGGUGAAACAUUGUUACAAGAAUUGCGAGUUCUUCUUCAUUCACCAGCUAAUGAUGGCGAUCCACCAUACGAAUCCAGUUCAAAUUCAUCGUCUUCAAAUACCUCCCAAAAUUCACCUUCAUCCCUAAAAUCAUCAAUUCAAGCCAUUGAAACAUCUCUAGAGAAUUUUAAACGCAUGGCCAACUCGAUAGAAGAAUUAUGGAACAAUAGAAAAUUUAAAAUGGAAUUGUGUUUACAGUUACGUUUGUUUGAAAAAGAUGUUGCUAAUGUAAUCAAUGAAAUACAAAUUUAUAAAGAAGAAGUGCGACGUAAAUACUCACCUGAAGUUCCUUAUGAAGAUGUUUACUGUGCUGAAUGUGCUCUCCAAGAGCAUAAUGACAUUUUUGCCACAGUCCAAAGGCUAUGUUAUGAUGCAUCUAGUAGAGGAGAAAAUCUCAUUAAAGUUUUUGAAUCAUGUUCAUCUUCAAUCAUGAUUCUGGCUGAUUGCGGCUUUGAUUUAGUUUCCUCAGUUCAAAACUCUCGUCGGAUCACAGCUUUACAAAUAAUAAGCAUGCUUUUAGAGCUUCUCCGUGACAAACAGAUGGACAUUGAGGAAUUGGCCCAAUCAACCAGAACCAACCUUGAGCAAUGUGUUCGUUUAUGUCAAUUGGAAUCGGAGGCAAAGCAAGUUCUUAGUUGGAUUAAAAAUGCUUUAUCAAUGUUAUCAGCAUCUUUCACCAUUCCUCAGUCACUACAAGAAGCCGAAAACCAUCGAACAGAGCAUGAACAUUUUCAAUUAGUUAUUCAUAAAACGCUUAAAUCAGUUUAUCAUCUACAACAGAGAGCCAUUGCUAUUGAAAAGGAAAACCCAAAUAAAAACAAAAAUGAUAUCCAAAACGAAAAUGCUGUUCAAAACGAAAAUGCUAUUCAAAAUGAUAAUGUCAACCAAAAAAGGGUAAACUUGGUUUUAUCUGAUGUAAGCGAUAUGAGGCAAACACUGCUGACUCAAGUAGAGGCUGUUGGUAGAUUGGUUCAAGCAAGUCUUAAUUUUUACAAGACAGCUGAUCAAGUUCGCUCGGUUCUAGAGAGCUUGGAGAAACAAUAUCGAGCCGAUGAAGACUUUUGUGGAGCUUGUAAUAUAGAAGGUCAUCUUAAUAGUCCCGUCACCAUAUCUCUUCAAGACAAUGAAUGUGAAACCGGUGAUAAGAAAAUCGCUCAAAUAAUUUCCAAGCAUCAGGAGCAGAAAGAGGCUUUUCACAAAGCUACUACAUUAGCCAGAAGGAAUAUGGAAUCCUUCAUUAGAUAUGCAUUGUUUUCCAUGACUGUUUUUCAUCAUAAUAAUCAAAAUGGUCCCAAGUAUCGAAAUGCCGAGAAUAAAGUUAAUAACAUUAUGGACUGUAUAACUGUUCAAGAGGAAAGGACGAUUGAUUCUUGGACUGAACGGAAAAGAAGGCUUGAUCUUUGUCAGCAAUAUGUUUUGGUUGAACAUUCAGGUCGUCAAGCUAUUAAAUGGAUCCGAGAAACUGGUGAAGUGUGGCUUAAUAAGCAACUUGCCCGUAAUCUGUCAACAGCAAGUAAAGAAGAGCUCGAUGAAGCUUUUAAAUCUCUUACUGAAUUCAGAGUACAGGUGAAAGAAACCAAGGAAAAGGUUCGCCUUCUGAUCCAGCUGUCAGAAAACUUGAUCGAGCGAGGCCACAUUCACUGUCACGCUAUCAAGUAUUGGUGUAAUCUUGUUGAGAAAACAUUCAAAGAAUUUAGUAAAUCCUUAGAUCAGUAUAAACGUCGGUUAGAAGAUCAAUUGGGCUUGGUAACACCGAGCUCAGUGAUUGAAAACCAGAAUGGUGAAACUGGAGGAGUUGGGGCUGGUAGUAGUGGAGGAGUGUCCAUUAGUAGUGGUGGGGGUGGCAAAGCUGGUGAUAGAAGUUCCGAUUCUUCAUUGGAAAGUAAAUUAAGUCGAGACAAGGCUUCCAUCUACACUAAUUCAAGUGGCUCUAGUUCAUCUACUGGUGUUAGUGCUAGUUCUGCUAGCACUGUUACCGGUAAAUCAUCUUGUGAUUCCAACCAAUUUCAACAUUUAACCGAUGACCAGUUAGAAAUUAAACGUAAAUCAGCUCGAAAAAGAGAGUUCAUUAUGAGUGAAUUGCUUCAAACCGAGAAAAGUUACGUUAAUGAUCUUCGAACCUGUUUAAACACAUAUUUCGCUGAAUUUAAAACCAGAGCAGCUGAUAACCAGUUCCUUAAAGAUAAAGAAAGUAUGAUAUUUGGUAACAUUGAACAAAUCUUUAAUUUCCAUAAUGAUAUCUUCCUCAAAGAAUUGGAAAAAUAUGAAACAAUGCCUGAAGAUAUUGGCCAUUGUUUCGUUACUUGGGCUCGAUCUUUUGAUGUUUAUGUAAAUUAUUGUAAAAACAAACCCGACUCUAAUGCAGCUCUUGUGAUUCCAAAGAUAUCAUCAUUCUUUGAAGAUGUACAACGUAAACACGGUGUUAUCCAUCCAAUAGCGGCUUAUCUAAUUAAACCAGUUCAAAGAAUAACCAAGUAUCAACUCCUGUUGAAAGAUUUAUUGUCCUGUUGUGAUGAAGGUUUACAAGGCGAAAUUAAAGAUGGGUUAGAAGUGAUGCUAUUGGUGCCUAAGAAAGCCAACGAUGCUUUACAUUUAAGCAUGUUGGAAGGAUGUGAUAUUUCAAUAAACCAAUUAGGAGAGGUUAUCAUGCAAGAUUCUUUCCAAAUAUUCGAUCCCAAAACCCUUAUACCAUCACGAAAACGACGUGAACGACGAGUCUUCCUGUUUGAACUGUACAUAGUAUUUGCCAAAGAAGCCAAGCCUGAUCUCAACCAAGUUAAUUCCAAUUCAAGCUCAAAUAACUCAACCAAUGGCAAUUCAAAUCGAGAUAACUGUAACCGUGGUCGUUAUUUAUUUAAAAGUCGCUACAUGACAGCCGAGAUUGGUCUAGCAGAAACGGUUGAUAAUGAUGAAUGUAAAUUUGCCAUUUGGACUAAUGGUGCAUCAACACGAGGUCCAAAUUUUCAAGAGAAUAAAAUUAUCUUAAAAGCUUCAUCAGUGGAUGUUAAAUCUUUAUGGAUAAAAAAGAUGAGAGAAGUGAUUCAAGGAAGUUAUUUCACUUCAAGAAUAUCUAAUCUCAAUCUCACCAAACCAAUUGAUUCUCGGCCAAAUGGUAAAUCAUCUACAUCUACAACAUCAUCCAAUAACACCAACACUGCAACUACCGGGAAUGUCUAUGAUCCAGCGACCAAUACUACUUCUUCCUCUACAACGACAGCAACAAUUACCAAUAAUAACAAUGAUGUUAACUCUAGCGUUUCAAUUGCAUUAGCCUCUGACGGUGUUGCACCAACAAUAGCAACUAAAUUAUCUUCGUCCUCAAAUUAAUUCUCAUAAUUAAUGCAGAUUCUCACAAAAAAAAUGUUGCUAAGUCAUGCAUCUUUCAUUUCUGCCCUUUAUUCCCUUUCACCUUAUUGACCAUUUUUCCCGUUUCUUAAAUCUCACUCAAAUUUAUUUACAAUUUUCUUCUUCUCAUCUCGAAUUUCGAAAAAUCUAGUCUGUGAACAAAGAAACAAUUAAUGAUUAACUCGUCGAGCAUAAACUUUACCCCUUUGUGGAUCAAAAUUGACCUUUUUUCUAUCCCUCCUGUUUUUGUGAGUGAAUUUGUGAAUAUAACUGAUGAACAUGAAACUUUUGAAAUCUAAAAUUAUUUUGUUUCAUAACCUUACGUUUCCUUGAUCAUCUAAAAAAUAAUCUUAUAGCAAUCUUGGCUCCCAAUUUUAGUGUAUUUAUUAACAGCAAGGAAACGUUGGAAAACAGCGCAAAAGGAAAGGAAAAGUCAAUUUCAAACAAUUAUGUGUUAUAUUAUUAUUAUUAUUAUUAAUGCUAUUAUGAUUAUUCUUAUUAAAUAAAUAUGAAUGUAAUUCUCACGAAAAA